AUUGUGGGGUUGGCGUGCGGCAUUUGGAAAGUGAAGCGACAGCUCUUUGCGCCCUGAUUUCAGCCAUGGGGAUGAAAGGGUUAAUGUCUUGUGUGGCCCUUCUGCUGCUCUGGGUCGACUGCAGCAUGGUGAACUGUGCACCGAAUGAGGAUUGCCAAAUGAAGGGUGAUGCUCCCUCCUGCGUCAAAAAACCACCUGCCCCCAAGAUGGGCACCUGCUUGGCCAUGGGGGACCCCCACUACCGCACAUUCGACGGUCGCUACUUCAACUUCAUGGGAAACUGCACCUACACCAUGGCCAAGAGUUGCCACACGGACAAGGACCAACCCGCCUUUGAAGUGGAAGCUCAGAACACCCGCCGCGGCAAAUCGCCUGUCACCUCCAUCAGCAAGGUCAUAGUCGAAGUCUACGGCUACGUAAUCAGCAUUGUCCGUGGCAAUGUUGGACUGGUCAGGGUUAACUACGAGGGCUGGGGCCUCCCCAUCAGUUUGGAUAAUGGCAAAGUGGUAAUAUCCCAGAGUGGGAUGUCCAUGUUGCUGGAGACGGACUUCGGCCUGACGGUGCAGUAUGACUGGGAUCAGUACAUGGUGGUGACCGUCCCCGGCAGCUACGCGGGAAAGGUGUGCGGCCUCUGCGGCAACUUCAACGGCAAGCAGGACGACGACCUGGCCACUCCCACCGGCUCCCAGGCUAACGAUGUGGUGGCGCUGGGCAAGAGCUGGCGAGUCCAUGGCGUGGCGGGAGACGACGGCAACUCCUGCCAGGAUGAGUGCAUGGGCAAGUGCGCCAACUGCAAGGGCAACUUCUUCGAGAACAUGGAGGCGAAGCUCUUCUGCAGUAUCAUCUCCACGCUGAUGGCCGGGCCCUUCCGGAGCUGCCACACCAUCGUGGAUCCCAAGAUGUUCCAUGACAUGUGCAUGUACGACUUCUGCAUGGGCGAGGGGGCGAAGGAGUACCUGUGCGACUCCCUGCAGGUCUACACCGACGCCUGCCAGCGAGCCGGGAUCAAGGUGUACGACUGGAGGAACCUGGCCGGUUGCCCCAAACCCAAAUGUCCAGAGAACAGUCACUACGAGAACUGUGGAAACGCCUGCCCCGCCUCCUGCGAGAACCCCAAAGCGCCCUCCAAAUGCAAGUUGAGCUGCGUGGAGACCUGCGUCUGUAACCCGGGUUACCUGUUGAGCGGAAACCAGUGUGUGCUCCCUAACCAGUGUGGCUGCAUGUAUGAGGGUCGCUAUGCACAGCCCGGCAAGCCCUUCUGGGGUGACGACAGCUGCACCAAGAGCUGCCAGUGCAACCCGACCAGCGGUAGGGCCGAGUGCCACCGUACGCACUGCCCGUUCGGGAAGCAGUGCGCGGUGGUCGAUGGGAUCAGAGAUUGCUACCCCACCCCCUACGCCAUCUGCCGGGCCACCAGCGACUCCCACUUCCUGACCUUUGAUGGCCAGCAAUACACCUUCCCGGGCACCUGCGUGUACCAGCUGGCUGGUGUCUGUUCCAAAAAGGCCGGCCUGGAGCCCUUUAACGUCUUGGUGCAGAGCGAUGUCCCUGACAACAAGGCAGGCUCCGUUCCCAAGCUGGUGGAGGUCAAUGUCUACGGUUACUCCAUUGUCAUCAGCAAGCGGUACAAUAAAAAUACUGUGAAGAUAAACAAGGAGAUUGUCACCCUCCCAGUAAAUCUGCCCGAUAAGAAGGUGCUUGUCUACAAGAGCGGCCUGUACGCUGUGAUCGAGACCAGCUUCGGGCUGAGGGUGUCCUUCGACUGGGCCGGCGUGGUGAUCGUCAACGUCUCCAUUGCCUACGAAGGUGCCGUGUGUGGUCUGUGCGGAAACUACAACCACGAGGCCAAGGAUGACAUGAAGAUGAAGGACGGAAAGGAAGCCGCCUCCACCAAGGCACUGGGUCAGAGCUGGCGGGUGGCGGAAAUCCCCGGCUGCGUUGAUGGCUGCAGGGGUAACUGCCCCGACUGCGACUUCACGCAGCUGAAGCAGUACGAGUCGCUGUGCCACCCGUUGCUUGACCCCAAGGGGCCCUUCAAAAAUUGUCACCCCCUGGUGGACCCCAAGAGCUUCUACCAGGACUGCCUGUACGACCUUUGUCUUGAAAACAGCAAAGGCAGGCUGUGCCACAUCUUAACUAUUUACAACGAUCUCUGCCAGGACAAAGGCGCCAAGAUUGAAGCAUGGCGGAAUCCUUCCUUCUGCAAGGACUGCAGCAUGAUGAAAUGUGCGCAGAACGAGGAUUGCCAAAUGAAGGGUGAUGCUCCCACCUGCGUCAAAAAACCACCUGCCCUCAAGAUGGGCACCUGCUUGGCCAUGGGGGACCCCCACUACCGCACAUUCGACGGUCGCUACUUCAACUUCAUGGGAAACUGCACCUACACCAUGGCCAAGAGUUGCCACACGGACAAGGACCAACCUGCCUUUGAAGUGGAAGCUCAGAACACCCGCCGCGGCAAAUCGCCUGUCACCUCCAUCAGCAAGGUCAUAGUCAAAGUCUACGGCUACGUAAUCAGCAUUGUCCGUGGCAAUGUUGGACUGGUCAGGGUUAACUACGAGGGCUGGGGCCUCCCCAUCAGUUUGGAUAAGGGCAAAGUGGUGAUAUCCCAGAGCGGGAUGUCCAUGUUGCUGGAGACGGACUUCGGCCUGACGGUGCAGUAUGACUGGGAUCAGUACAUGGUGGUGACCGUCCCCGGCAGCUACGCGGGAAAGGUGUGUGGCCUCUGCGGCAACUUCAAUGGCAAGCAGGACGACGACCUGGCCACUCCCACCGGCUCCCAGGCUAACGAUGUGGUGGCGCUGGGCAAGAGCUGGCGAGUCCAUGGCGUGGCGGGAGACGACGGCAACUCCUGCCAGGAUGAGUGCACGGGCAAGUGCGCCAACUGCAAGGGCAACUUCUUCGAGAACAUGGAGGCGAAGCUCUUCUGCAGUAUCAUCUCCACGCUGAUGGCCGGGCCCUUCCGGAGCUGCCACACCAUCGUGGAUCCCAAGAUGUUCCAUGACAUGUGCAUGUACGACUUCUGCAUGGGCGAGGGGGCGAAGGAGUACCUGUGCGACUCCCUGCAGGUCUACACCGACGCCUGCCAGCGAGCCGGGAUCAAGGUGUACGACUGGAGGAACCUGGCCGGUUGCCCCAAACCCAAAUGUCCAGAGAACAGUCACUACGAGAACUGUGGAAACGCCUGCCCCGCCUCCUGCGAGAACCCCAAAGCGCCCUCCAAAUGCAAGUUGAGCUGCGUGGAGACCUGCGUCUGUAACCCGGGUUACCUGUUGAGCGGAAACCAGUGUGUGCUCCCUAACCAGUGUGGCUGCAUGUACGAGGGUCGCUAUGCACAGCCCGGCAAGCCCUUCUGGGGUGACAACAGCUGCACCAAGAGCUGCCAGUGCAACCCGACCGGCGGUAUGGCGGAGUGUCACACUACUAGCUGCCCAUCCGGGACGCAGUGCACGGUGGUCGAUGGGAUCAGAGACUGCCACCCCAUCCCCUACGCCACCUGUCUGGCCACCAGCGACUCCCACUUCCUGACCUUCGAUGGCCAGCGAUACAACUUCACAGGCACCUGCGUGUACCAGCUGGCUGGUGUCUGUUCCAAAAAGGCCGGCCUGGAGCCCUUUGAUGUCCUGGUGCAGAACAAUGUUCGUGACAGCAGGGCAGGCUCCAUUCCCAAGCUGGUGGAGGUCAAUGUCUACGGUUACUCCAUUGUCAUCAGCAAGCGGUACAAUAAAAACACUGUGAUGAUAAACGAGGAGAUUGUGAACCUGCCAGUAAGUCUGUUCGAUAAUAAGGUGCUUGUCUACAAGAGCGGUCGAUAUGCUGUGAUCGAGACCAGCUUCGGGCUGAGGGUGUCCUUCGACUGGGCCGGCGUGGUGAUCGUCAAUGUCCCCAGCGCCUACGAAGGUGCCAUGUGUGGUCUGUGCGGAAACUACAACCACGAGGCCAAGGAUGACAUGAAGAUGAAGGACGGAAAGGAAGCCGCCUCCACCAAGGCGCUGGGUCAGAGCUGGCGGGUGGCGGAAAUCCCCGGCUGCGUUGAUGGCUGCAAGGGUACCUGCCCCAGCUGCGACUUCACGCAGCUGAAGCAGUACGAGUCGCUGUGCUACCCGUUGCUUGACCCCAAGGGGCCCUUCAAAAAUUGUCACCCCCUGGCGGACCCCAACGACUUCUACCAGGACUGCCUAUACGACCUUUGCGUUGACAGCAGCAAUGGCAGGCAGUGCCCCAUCUUAGCCGCUUACACCGCCCUCUGCCAGAACAUGGGCGCCAAAAUUGAAGUAUGGCGAACUUCUUCCUUCUGCAGUUACCCGUGUGUCACGCACAGCCGCUAUGAGGUCUGCACCAGCAGCUGCCAGGUUAACUGCGCGACCAUGGACCCGCCCACUGUCUGCAAAUCACAAUGCCGGGAAGGGUGCCUCUGCGAUGAAGGCUACGUGCUGAGCGGGGAGGACUGCGUGCCUUUGAGAGAAUGUGGCUGCAAGCACGACGGCAGGUACUACAAGCUCAACGAGGCCUUCUACACUCCACACUGCGAGCAGGAGUGCACCUGCACAAAGGAUGGCAAGGUGGACUGUAAAAAGAACACCUGCGGGGCCCACAAGCAGUGCCAUAAGAAGAACGGCGCAUGGGGCUGCCAGCCCGUCGGCUACUGCAGCAUCUACGGCGACCCCCACUACCAGACCUUCGACAACAAUAGCUACACCUUCCAGGGCACCUGCACCUACACCGUGGCUCAGUUCCGCAACCCAGAUAAAACUGGUCUCCCGCCUUUCUCAGUGGUGGUGGAGAACGAGAGGUGGUAUGGUAUGGCCGACACCGGCAGCGCCGAUGAGUCCACAAAACUGUCCGUCGCCAAGCUAGUGGCUGUGGAGGUGUACGGCUUCACCAUAAUCCUGCGGAGAAACCAGGUUGGAAUGAUAAUGGUGAAUGGAAUAAUGUACAACCUCCCUUUGAGCCUUGACGAUGGGGCGGUGGUAGCCUAUCAGAAUGGCAUGCAUGAUGUCAUCAAAACAAACUUCGGCCUGGAAGUGACCUACGACCUUGUGUACAAAGUCAGUGUCACCGUGCCUGACGACUACAGGGGAAAGACCUCCGGCCUCUGUGGCAACUUCAACGGCAAAAGGGACGACGACUUCCUGCUGCCGAACGGCACCUUGGCGAAGAGCGUCCAGGUCUUCGGGGCGGCGUGGAAGGUGGCUGUUCCGGGCGUCAUCUGCGACGACGGCUGCAACGGGGACUUCUGCCCCAAGUGCGACGAGAAGAAGAAGGCCACCUUCGAGAGGGACUGCGCCCUCAUCAAGAAAGACUCCGGCCCAUUCGCCGCCUGCUACGGCGUCCUCGACCCCAACUCCUACUUCAGGGACUGCGUCUACGACGUGUGCAUGUCCGGCGGGGACCGUCACGCGCUCUGCGGCAGCAUCGAGGCCUACGUGUCCGACUGUCAGAACAUGGGGGUGUCGGUCCAGAACUGGAGGUCACCCAACUUCUGUCCGCUGUCCUGCCCGGCCAACAGCCACUAUAAGAUCUGCGCCGAAACCUGUGCCACUCCCUGCCCCGGCCUGCCUAAAAUCAGCUCCUGUCACAGCACCUGUGCUGAAGGGUGCGCCUGCGAUGACGGGUACUCCUUCAACGGGACGUCCUGUGUGGAGAAGGACAGGUGCGGCUGCUUCUCGGAAGGACGAACCUACAAGAGGGGUGAGUCAGUGAUCUCCAAAGACUGCCGAAAGAAAUGCACCUGCGCAGCCGACGGCCAGGUGCAGUGCAGCGCGAUGUCCUGCGCGAGCGGCGAGAAGUGCCUGGCGAAGGACGGCGUGCUGGGCUGCUACCCCACCCAGUGCAUGCUCCAGGCCGGGGGCGUCUUCACCGAGUUCAGCGGGAUGGGCGGCAUCCUCACCUCCGUGGGGGUCUACGAGCUCGUGUCCGUCUGCCCCCAGGGCACGGAGGCUGAGUGGUUCCGUGUGGUGGUGGACGUCCGCACCUGCGAGCAGUCCUCCCUCCCCGCCAUCGUCGCCGUCUACGUUUUCUUCGAGGACCUGUUCGUGUUGGUCAACAAGAACCACGAGACCUGGGUAAACGGAAAGAAGGUGACCCUACCCAAAAUGCUGCAGAACGAGAUUUCGGUGAAGGUCUCGGACAAGGUGGUGGUCGUCGAGAGGCGGUCGGGACUCCACCUGACCUACAACGUGAAACAGGAAGUCAGCGUGAGCGUCGGCGCCCACCUGACAGACAAGCUGUGCGGCGCUUGUGGGGAAUUCACCGGUGACACCAACCUGUUCUCCAUCUUCGGCAAGCCCUCCAUCCAAAGCUACAUGGACAAGUGGAGAGCACUAGACUUCCCCAGCUGCGGCUUGGCGACAGCUUCAACCAACAUUUUGUAAUGAAUCGGCGUUCCAUGGAAGCACGCAUACAAAUAUAAAUAUACCAAAUUUUAACCAAUAAUCACCAAGACUUGUGUGUUGUAUAAAUUCAUUUUCACAGUAAGAACAAAAAAGAUUUUAUCUGAUUAUCUUCCAUCUGUUCAUUUUCUUUUUCUGUAUUUGUGUAAUGCACCCUAAAAAUAAACUUUUUGCAAUUA